CACAACAGUACACUUCAUUUGGAAGACUUGCCUAGCUCCAAGAGGUUCUCUCUUGAGUAGCCUCUUUCUCCACCUUCAAAAGAAUCAUGUUUUUCUUUCUGAUUUUUGUCCAAGUGUUUAUGGAAUCAAGAAUCUGGACUAAUCUACCAUAUUUUAUCACUUGUAGCCAUCUACACAUGAAGUAUUUGAAUCUGGAAAGUAUUUUAAGUUUAAAGGUUUGGGUUUGAAGCUUUGCAUUAUGCUUAAGAUAUUUGGUUUUAGUAUCUAAGUUAAGGUAAAUAGCUAUGUUCAUAUCCUUUUUAAUAGGAUCUAGUUAAUUCUUACAGCCUUCUUCCAUAUAAAGUCUUAUUUGACCGUUAACAUCAUAGAUUGGAAAUUAACCGAACUUGAUCUGAGUCAAUCAAAUGACGAAUGACUUAACUAAACCAUUCUUCACACUGUGAAAUAGAGCUAUCUUCACUUGUUUUCAUGAGUGAGGAGUGAACAAAUCUCUGCACUCUAUAUUUCAUAUAUUUUUAUUUGUGAAAAUCAAUGAUUAUUUUGAAAUGUUUCCAUAAAACAAUAUCAGUUAAGUAAACAUUUUCGGAGAGAAAAGUUAUCUAAAAUGGCUUUGCUAAGGACUAUUUCAUCAGGUUUUGUCAUUUAAAAUCACUACUUUGACUUAAUUUGUUUAAUCUUUCACUUUUAGAAACAUCACUUACUGUAAAAGUCAAUCUUUUUAGACAUGGCUGAACAUGGACUUGCACCUACUCUUACUGAAAUACCUCCUAUAGUUCCAGUUAUCAAUGGGGACUCCAUGCAACAGAUGGAGAAUUAUCAUCUGGACACCACUGUUGGAACACAGUAUACUACAAAUUAUUCACAAAUGAUGACUCAUCCCAAGAGAUAUACAAGAUGGCCUUCUUGUCCACAAUACUGGAUACAACAAAUUAUAUUGGUGCAAGUUAACCCUGGGGAGACCCUCACCCUCAAGUCUGAUGAUGGGAAUAUUCAGAAUAUCCAAGGACCCGCUGAUGUACCUCUAAUGUCACAAAGUGGCACUUUGCCACCAAUAUAUCUUCCUCCUGGUUACAUGUCUCAGGUGGUGGAAGAAAAUGGCAUUCGCAAAAUUAUCAUUGUGCCUCAGACAAUUGACUAUCACACAACCAUGCCUGCUCCUAUACAACAAGUACCACACUUCAUUACACCAUCCUCUCCUAUAUAUCCACAAGGUGCUCAACUUAUGCAUCCCCCAGCUCAAGGGGAGUUUCCACCACCUUACAUCCAAGAGCCUAUGCCACAGCAGCUGCCACCACCACCGCUACCACCACCAGCAACACUUAUAUACCACGAGCAACAAGAAACUUAUUCCCAUGGAAGAGCAAAUUAUAACCAGUUUGAUGAAAGGGCUGCUAAAAUGGAAGAACAUAUGAAGAAAAAUCUGGGAGAAUGUAAAGGUGGCGUACACAAUAGCUAUAUGGUUAACAACACCUCUUUGCUUGUGAACAAAACCAAUGAUUUCUCCAGUAUUCCUCCUACUCCAAGCACUUACACUGUGGACUAUGCUCCAAGUACCUACACUGUUGACAAUACCUUAAGCACCUACACUGUGGAAAAUACUACACAAACCUACACUGUUGAUAAUACAUCAAGUGCCUACACUGUAGACAACACUUCAAGCACUUUCACUGUGGACAAUGGCCCAAGUAUGUACACUGUAAACAAUGCUCAGAACAUUUACACUGCUGACAAUACUCUCAGUACUUACACUGUUGACAACCCUCAAAGCACUAACAUUGCUGAUAAUACUCCUAGCAAUUCUUCCACUGACCAUGUGCCUAGUACUCCCACUACAGACAGUGCUCUUCCUUCCACAAUUGAUAGUGUUCCAAACCCUUCCAGCACUAAUUAUGUCCCCACGCCUUCCACUUCUGACAGCACUCCCAAACCAUCACCUAUUGACAGCACUCCAAGCCCUUCCAUUUCUGGCCAUGCUUCUAACACUCCCAUCUCUGAAAAUGCUCCCAGCACUCCCAUCUCUAAAAGUGUUCCCAGCACUCCCAUCUCUGAAAGUGCUCCCAGCACUUUGGCCAUUGACAGUGAUCUCACUGCUUCCAAUGCUGCCAGCAAUUCCAACACCGUCAGUGCUGAUGUAGAGACUAGCCAUGGAAAGAAAUGGAGUGCUACAAGAAGGAGAGACAUCAAGCAGAAACCACGUGGAAAACAAAGCAAAGCAUCAUCAAAUGCUGCAGAAAAAGGCAAGGUCAAGAGUUUGGUUUUGUUGCCAAUGAAUAAACAUCCUAAUGUGUUUAGUAGUUCCCCUGAAUGCAUAACAGAAGGUGGAAAGUCAUGCUGUUUCAGCAUUGAGAAACCUAUAGUUUCUGAUAUUCAAACAAGAUCUGCUGUUAUUUCAUGGAAACUACAUGGCUCUAAGAAGUGUAAUCACACCAAAUCUCCUGUGACAUUUGAACUGGCAAUAUCUAACAGUGGUAAAAAUGGAAACUAUAAAAAUCUAUAUAUUGGUGAUGGAGUUACAUUUACUCUACUUGAUCUACAACCAUCCAUGGCCUAUUUUGUAAGAAUCACAACCAUAAGAGGCUCAGCACACAGAACUGUGUCUGAACUGGUUAGCUUCACAACUCCAGGUUGUGAACCAGACCCUCCACCUGCACCCAAACUAAUUAACCGAUCCAAGAGCAGCCUGAAUUUACAGUGGAAAGGUUCCAAUGAUAAUGGUUCCAAAAUAAAUGGCUUCCUUUUGGAAUGGGAUGAGGGCAAAGGUGAAGACUUCAAAAGUUGCUAUAUGGGUACCAUGAAACAGUACAAAAUCCUUAAACUAAAUGCUUCUACAAAAUAUUCAUUCAGAAUAGCUGCCAAAAAUAACUUUGGCUUGAGUGAUUUCAGUGAAAUAGCAGUUUUCCAUACAUCAGGAACUAUGCCUCCAACACCUUUACCUCCUAAGCUAAAAGAAGCAGGAAUCUGUUAUUUGUCACUAGAAUGGUGUGCUCCAACUAACACAAGCCCAAAUGACAGUCUUACUUAUGUACUAGAAAUGGAGGAAGAAGGAUCUGGCUUGGGUUUUAAACCUAAAUAUAAUGGAGAAGACCUCUCAUGCACUAUAAGAAAUCUUCAGAGAAGUACUACAUACAAAUUUAGGAUUUUUGCCUACACUUUGGAAGGAAGGAGUAACCCCAGUGGAGAAGUAAAAUACACUACUUGUCCAGAUAAGCCUGGAUCCCCUAAAAAACCAUAUAUAAAGGGAAAGAUCUACGCACACAGAGUAAAAAUUGGAUGGGAACCACCACAAGAUAAUGGUGGUACAUACAUUUCAAGUUACAGUUUAGAAGUUAGUGAAAAUUCAGAUGUGAAUUCCUGGAAGAUAAUCUAUAAUGGAACCACAAAGGAAUUUCUAUAUGAUCACCUGCAACCUGGUAAUACAUAUAAACUGAGAGUCUUUUGUACUUCACCUAUAGGUCAAAGCCAGCCUUCAGAUAUAUUGACUACUCAAACACCUAAUCUUUCUCCUGCAUCUUGCCAUCUUCCACCCUUGAAUGGUGCGGCAAAGACCAGAGAAAACAACAUCAAAUGUGACAAUCCUCCUACUAAUGGAAACUUGGAAGCAUUUGCAAAUGUCAAAAAGGCAGAAGGUAACCAAGAUGACAAACGAAGGCAUCCUGGCUCCAAAGUGAGAUGCACAUCUGGAUCUCAUUCAAUGAAGUGUGAAAGUGCACCAGUUCCAAGCCCUCCUUCUCAAUGUGGUACACCUGUGGUAACCUGCAAGGGUCCAACCUGCAUUGCUGUUAGUUGGGAGAUUCCUGUAUGUAAUGGUGCCGAAAUCACAGAUUACAGACUAGAGUGGGGAAAAACUGAAGAAUCGAUGCACUUGAUAUAUACUGGCUCUUGUUUGAGCUAUGAAGUUAAAGGUCUCAUUCCUGCAACUACAUAUUUUUGCAGAGUUCAGGUAAUCCUAACAGUUAUUUCAAUUUAUGAGUCUUACAAUUAUGGUAAUUCAGAGGAUAAAGAAAUCACUUCUAGCUACGGUUUUCAGGGAAGCAUUCAUGCAAAAGCUUGGUUUUAUGGGACAAGACAGGCAAAAAACAAGAAUUCUCUUUCCCUAGCACCUAAAUUACAGCAUGUGAAUAGUAAUACUUGUGAGGUCAAAUGGGAGUCUCUGGAGCCUCCAAUUGUUUACAACCUUCAAAUCAUCACUGAUAAAGGAACUGACCUGAUUUACAAAGGACCAAACACUUCAUUCUCCUUUUCCAAAUUUGUCACAAAUUCACAUUAUCGCUUCAAGGUCUGUGCUGGACGCCAAUACCACACUUCUGAUGGGAUACAAGAGCUCUGGGGACCAUAUAGCCCCAGCACUCUUUUCUCCACACAUAAGCAACAUCCAGGGCCUGGAAAAGGCAGUGAAGGAAAGGGGGGAAACAGCCCUAGUGAAGAGAAAGAAGAAAAGUCCAGAAUGGAGAUGAGUAAUGAUACAUUUAUUCUAAUCCUUGUGAUAGGAUUUGCACUAGUUGCUAUUUUGUGUGCUGUUGUAAUUCAAUAUUUUCUAAUCAACUAAUUUUUAUCCACUUUACCUUUUUAGGAAGUUCUAAAACAAAUUACAUCAAAUAUAGAAAUUUCUAGAUACAUCUCAAUUCUUACUUAAAAGUAAAUCUCACUUGGUAGAAAUCCUUGUGAACAUUCAUCUAACAGCAAAAGAACUGCUUUAUACUCAAGAAAUUCAUUGUGACAAUGUAAGAGAUUUUAUUAGGAAAUGGGUCUAUUUUAAACUUGAGAAUGUUAGCAAUAAAAACAGUUCCACUAUUAUGUAAAACUAUCUAGAAUUUCUCAUGAAAACCAUUUCCAGCCUUAAUUCUUCUAAUUAAUAUUUUGCAAUUUUUUUAGAAUUAUGAAAGGAUAACAGCAUUUUGGAAUUUUAUUUAGAAAAAAAGUGGGAAAAUCAAUUCUAUAUGCCAACUUACAAUCAUAUGAAAUAAUAAAAACAUA